ACUUGCUCAAGUGUUGCAAGUUAUUGUUUGUUAUUUGUUUCAUAUUUAAGAGUUUUAUGGCUUUUACAUCUGAAAGAUGCAUGAUUUGCUUCUAAAUGUUGUAGUUCAUGGAGCUUUGAGGUGCUUGGCUCUUCUCUCUGAUGACUUGGACGAUAAAGUGAUGCCCACAUUAGUACCUGUUUUGUUCCCAUGCUUGCUUACUAUUGUUUCAUCCACUCAGGUGUAUGACAAAUAUUUACGUGCAAAAGCUCUUUCAAUUAUUUAUUCUUGUAUCUCCAUGCUGGGUGCAAUGAGUGGUGUUUAUAGGGUAUUUUCUUCAUUAUGUUUUAAUUAUUGCUCAUUGAUGUGAUUUGGAUGAUUGAAUUAUAUAUUACAUUAAAAAAUAACACUUAUUUAAAAGUGUUAUUAAUAAGCAAUUAAAAAAACAUACGGCCCCAUAUGUGAAAUUUCAUUUGGCGCCAUAUGAAAUAUAUAACUAGGCGCCAAAUGAAAAUAAGAGACACAGAAGCACACAGUAAACUAGUCUCAGCCUCCGAACCCCUAAGCCUCCAUUGAAUCCCUAAUUUCUGGUUUCAUCUCUUUGCCUCUCUUUCUUUCGUCUCUUUGCCUCUCUUUGCUUCUCUUUCUU